AGCCUGAUGCAAAUGAUAACAAUCGAUAAUAUCUUAAGAGAUAUGGUAAAUAGAUUAAGACAUUGGCUACAAAUUUAAUCAUCACCUUUUGCGCUUGAAUAUUCGGAUGUGAGGGAGCAUGUCCUCCUGAAUGAUUUGGCUCCACAGGAAUCCUACUGUAGUAUGAGUCGGGUCGCAUCGAUGAAUUAGAACCGUAUUUGGAUCCGCAGCAACUAGAACUUGCACGUCAAUUCAAAAUUCAACUUGCAAUUCAAACGUGAUGAAAAAUAAUUUCCAAAACAAAUUUUUAAAAUACUCGACUUAUCUUUUGAUUCGGAUUCCAAUCGUUGAUCUGAAGCCCGUGAUUGUUUAUCCGAACGAUCAAAUUUCUCGUUACCAGACACUACGCUAUUCAGGGAGAAAAUGUGGAGCUCGGUUACUGCGGCUGGCACUGAAAACGGGCCCGCACCACCUUCCAGAAGCAAGCACAGCGCCACUUUGCUCUCCGGCCACGUAUAUCUCCUCGGAGGACGGAACGGCAAUCUUCCCCUCAAAGAUCUUUGGCGAUACAGCCUCGCCGACAGUAAAUGGGAGGAAUUGCAUCCUGGGGGGGAGAGGCCGCCGGCGCUCCAGGAGCACAGCGCGGUAGCUUACAAGGAUUGCCUUUAUAUUUUUGGGGGAGAGCUCGGCUUUUCCGCGGGCACGGAAACGCCGCUUUGGGUCUACAAUGUCAAGACGAACGUGUGGAGGAAGGUAAGAGCGCAACGGGGUUGCGCGGUUCCAAGAGGUCGAAGAGGUCACACCGCUUUGGUCCACCGUGGCCAGAUGCUCAUCUACGGUGGCUACCAAGACUUACGUGGCAGCUCCCCUGAAUUAUGGGCGUUUCAUUUCGAGACAGAAUCGUGGCAUCUUCUGUCCUCGAGCGAGAGCGGGCCAGCGGCGAGGCACAAACACUCGGCCGUGUUGCACGGGGACGCGAUGUACAUUUACGGCGGUAUGACAGAUCUGCAAGAGAGAAGCGAUUGCUGGCGAUGGGACGUGAACACUGCCUCUUGGUGCCUGUUGAGGAAUAAACCUGGGCCGGGACCCCUUCACGGCCACGCAGCCUGCAGGCUGCCCAGUUGUAUGCUGAUUUUCGGCGGGGAGAGCGGCGGUUUGGCCACGAACGAGCUGUGGAGGUUUCAUUUCGGCACGGAGACGUGGGAGAAAUUGUCAGUGCCGGGCCCCAAACCCCAGCCGAGAGCGGAGAGCGUCGCGUUGGCGGUUUCCGAGCUGCUGAUCCGAGGGACCAAUAUCGAUAGCUCGAAGCCGAAACCGAAGAAUCAAAGGACGAGGCUGUGCAACAACAGGAUAUCGCCUAAUGAGGCGCCGGCAAGGCCGAGCUUUCUCAAGGAAAUUUCCAAAUUAUCCCAGAUCAAUCUGUCACGGUUGAGCCACCCGACCAAGUGCAGCUAUUCCGUUUUAAGUGGGCAGGACGACAACGAGGAGAGCCCCCAAGAGGCGAAUACGUAUUAUCCGUUUCAGCAAGUGGACUCGGAGGUUUGCGAGCCGUCCACGGGGAUGGUGAAGUCGCGGAGCGCGAACACGUUGGCCCGUCGAAGGCAAAAACCCCCGGAGUCGAAAAGCGUGGACACAGCCAGUUGCAACAGCCAGGCGGGCAACAGUUCCGGGAUGACCAGAGACCCGAUCUCGGUGCCGAAUUUCCGUGCGCUCACCUUACCCACCCCUGUUCUCACGCCCGUCGAAGCAGCGAGGCUCGUGUUCGUCGACCUGGACGAGAACAGCGACAACGAAGAGGAACGAACGGAGCCUCCUACCUCGAGGCUGAUCGAGGUGCAAGAGGAAAAACGAGACUUUGCGGCCGUGCACCAGGCUUGCCAACCGACGCGGGGCGAGAGUUACAGCUCGCAUCUUUACGAGGCCGCCCUUCAAACGCCGAAAACCCCGACCACUUCGAAAAUUCCUACCUCGGCGUCGGUCCGAUUCGCCGACUUGGAGGAGGGCGAGGAAUCGACGUCGGAUUACGCGAGCAUAGAGGCGAGAAGUCCUGGGGAUCCUCUGGCCGACGACGAUUGGCCGACCGGUCGAAAGGGGAAACAAUAUAGGCCGAUGGCCACGCCGUCGACGAUACGCGAGGGCCAAUUCGGCUUCUGCAAUCCGAAUUACCUUGGGCUGGACGAGGCGAAGAAUCAUCACUACCAUCACCAUCAUCAGCAGCAACAGCAACAGCAACAACAGCAGCAGCAGCAGCAAGCUCAAGACGGGAAGUACGCGAAAUUGUUGAACAGCCCACCGGACAGUGUUUUAGAGGACGAGCCAGGGAGAUCCGCGUCGCAAACAUUCGCGGAACUGUUGGAGCUUCAAGAAAUCAAAAGGGUGCCGAGGGCGCCGCCUAAAAGUUUGCCGUUAGGCUCCCCGUCGAGGAGAGCGGUGAGUGCGUCGAGAGCCGAAAGGCAGAGGGCAAAGGUGGCCGCGAUUGAGGAGGCGGAGACACCCUCGUACGGGCCAGCGCCGCUUUACGUGUUUCUGGUUGGAGGGAAGGAGAAGGGCCAGGUCACGGUGUUCGCGAGGCCCGUUUCAUUAUGGAAAUUGCAAUUAGCGCCACACAUCUUUUAAAGAAAAGAAAGAACGAUAAAUUUCCGUCGAUCCCGAGCCGAAUCGAAGAAAGAUUUUUUUUUUUUUUUUCCUCUUCAAAAAGACUUCGGAAUGUUAUAUCAUUGCAAUUAAUCGUGUUUAAGCUCGUAGAAAGAGAGGGCUUUUCUAGUUUUCUAUUAUUAAUGAUACUUAUUGUUGAAUACAACGCGUUCAGGUAUAUUUAUAUAUAUAUACGCACUUUACUUCAAAACUCUGUCAAGUCCAUUUUUCUAGUCAUUUUUUUACAAAUAGUAUUCAACUGUUUUAAAUAUUCGAUAUUAUGUCGGAAAGUAUAUAAUUAAUAUUAACAGUGCAAUAUGUGAUUAGAAUUGUAAGUAAUUACUUAUUAUUUAGAGUUUACAAUAAGUCGGAUAAUAUAUAUAUAUAUAUAUAUAUAUAUUAUUAUUCCACAGUUAUUUUCUUUAAAUUAUUUUUCUUCUUUUUCUACGUCUGAUUAUCAUUAUGUUAAAUUAUAUUGAACAUUUAAAAAUAUCAUGUUAUAUAAAAUAAUUUUAAAAAUGAUAUUUAUGAUAUUCUACCUCUUUUCUUUUGAAUAAAUAUAUUUGAAUACUAUAUUGUUAAAUAAGUACCAAUAUUAAUGAUAUUCUCUAUAAAUGAUAUAACAUGCACACGAUUGUUGAUUUGUUUAUCUGUAUACAGAUAAUAAUAGUAUGUAUUUCUGAAUUCAAAUUUAAUUCAUUGAUAUUCUCUAUUUCUUCGUUUAUUUUGCCAUUUGCAUUUUAAAAUAAUUGUAAUAGUAAUCAACAUAAAUCAUAUAUAUUUUUAGAUCAGUGAAUGAAACUGCGAAAUAUCGAAUCGAUUCUUUAAUAAUGAUUGUUCUAUUAUUUAGUUUACAGAGUAAAUGUUAAUACCAAAGCGCAAAGUCAAACGAGUGAAAUGUGCAAUCCUUUGUCUACGACUGCGUCCUUUCAAUCUUAAGUAAAUGAUAUACAUGGUAGUAUCUUAUAAGAAUUAUGAUUAAGAUCGAAACUUUAGAUCCACGUUUAUUAUAAUGAUACAAUUUUUCAUAUUAUAGUGAAUAAUAAUACGAGUGAUAGAUUAUUUAAAUUUUUUGAUUCGAAAAUUGAGAGAUAACAUCAAAAGACUCGCCUGAUCUGCGCUUAACUGCCAUCGACUGUGAACAUGAUAUGCAUAGAGAAUAAAAUAGAAUUAAAAUGUAUAAGCUCGACGUGUAACGUUUGACGUUUAAAACAUUCUGAAUAUUAAUGGAAAUCAAUGUGUGAUUGUGCCCAAUGUGAAUAAUUAAAGUACGUUUCAAUUAAAAAUUAGAUUUUUAUAAGAAGAUAGAUAAAUUUUAAGUGGAAUUUUCUCGAAUCCGCGGACUGGACUAAAAAAAAAAUCUAGAAAUAAUUAAUGAAAAUUAAUACGAUUGAUUUUUGUUUUAACUUCAUCACGAAAAAAGGUAUUUCUAACGCGCGAAACGUACAAUCGUAUAAAAGUGAAAAAAAUUGUGUUCUAAAAUAUUAUAGGGAAUAUGUAUAAAACAAAAGAAUCAAUGAAGUCAAAAGUCCCUAACUAUGACUGUAUUUAUGAUGCUAGCAUAGUAUCAUAGAUAUGAUAGAUAUAUCAUAAGCGAAGAAAAUGGUAAAAUACGAUGGAAGGUUCUCUUGUUCAUGUAGAGUUUUUAUGCCCACAAAGGCCCAAUACAUGUAAUCCAUCCAUAUAGUAGCAAAGGUCAACGUGGAACCUCAUAGGCUGAAUAUUAAAACAUUUUGUAUUCAUAAUAAUUUUAUAUUCAUUUCAUAUGAAACGAAAUAAGAAUGGAAAAAUUUAUCUGUCCAAAUGUUAAUUUCUUCUGUAGAAUAUUUUAUAAUAAUAAAGCUGUGUUUAGGAUUUAGUAAGGGCAUGUGCAAUAUGUACAUAUUAUAUAAAUGUAUAUAAGUAUUCUUUGUUGAAAUUAAAACACAACUCUGUUUAACAAAAUUAUUUUUGGUAAUAUUCAGCUAGAGGCCGCAAGCACCCGAAAAAAAAAAAAAUCAAUGUUUUCCAUUCGUAGCACUAGUCAAUUUUACAUUUCACAAUCAUUGUACAAACGUUAAGAUAAAUGUUUCGUAAUGUUAUUUCUCUCCUAAAAUUUUUUAGCCUAAUAUUUUUUCAUUUUCAAUAUGUACAGUAUUAUCCAUGAUAUUUUUUUGCAUUAUAUAUCACAUAAUUGUUCAUUUUGACAAGAAAUUAACAACUUAUUAAUUAGUUAAUUAAACGUACGAAAUCGUGCAUUUAUACCGCCUUUAAAUUUUCGAUUAUCUCGUAAUUUUAUAGUUCUAUAAGUUUAAUCAAUUUCGUACAACGUACGAUCUAAUUUAACGAGAAAAUAAAUUUUAUAAUUUAAAAUGAAAGUAAAGGCCAAACAAAAGCAUAUAUUUAAAAUAAUUAACAUUUCCGCGUAAAUAUUAUUUUAAGUCUUAUACAUGAAUAAUGCAAUCUGAUAGUCAAUUAUGAUCGUAUCGUUAAAUAUAUCCGUUGCCAAAUAUGUACCUAUUUCUCUUUAGAAUGUCUUGCCUCAUAAACAAGAUUCGGAGUAUAAGCUCGAAGAUGUGGAUCAGUUCACAAAAUGAACAAAAAAAAAAAAAA